AUGGACAACCCGCACCGCACCACCCCGCCCGUCGCCGCCCGCCCCAAGAACUCGUCAUCCUCGAUAAACUCCUCACAUGCCGCCUCGAGCUCGCAGCACUCGUCUGCCAUGGCGCCCGGCUCGCGGGCCACACGGGGCUCCACGCCCACCGCCAGCCGCUCUGCCUCCAAGCUCGCCGACGACAAGACGGCAGCCCGCCCCGCGAGCAGAGACAGCCUGACGCAGAAGAUGCUCAAGAAGCCCGACGACGCGAUGCGGCCAAACAAGUCGGAAGAGCAGCUCAAGGCACUGCGCACCGAGUUUGACAGCCUGCGCUCGCAUCUCACGUGCAAGAUAUGUGACCGCCUGCUCUACCAGCCGUACACCAUCUCGUGCGGACACACGUACUGCUACACGUGUCUCUGCACGUGGUUCGCCAACAACAAGAACCGCAAGACAUGCCCCGACUGCCGCGUGGUCGUCAAGGAGCUGCCCGCUCCAGCCUACGUUAUACGGGACAUGACAUGUGUCUUCAUCAGCCGCGUGGAGCUGCUGCCCGUGGGUGAGACGCUGGAAGACCACAAGAAGUGGCAGAAGGAAGAGGCCGAUGCUGUGCAACACGACAAGGACAACACUGACGCCCGCACCGGAGGCUUGUUCAAGGGCUGCUUCAAGACACAUCCGCUCCAUGGGCGGGGGCCCUCACUGCAGGUGCUCCGAGACCAGGAAGACGGCGUCGAUCGAUGUCCCGUCUGCACGUGGGAGCUCGAAGACGGCGGCUGUCAGCAAUGCGGCUUGAUCUUCGAUGAAGCCGGUGAGGUCUCCUGGGGCGACAGCUUCACAGGCUUCAGCGACAUGGACGAAAUGUCCGAGCACGACACCGCCGAGCUCGACGCCGAACUCGACAUGGAGGACGUCGACUACGAUUGGGAAGACUAUCCCCCGGACCAGGCCUCCUUCAUGAUGCGCCGCUUCCUGGAAGGCGGCAUCCCCCCCUCAGCCGCUGCUCUGGCGCGACGACGGCCCAUGACGCACAGCGAGGCCGGCAGCAGGCGCUCCUACAGCCAAAGCAUAGUGUCAGACAUCUAUGGCGAUGAGAUGGACACGGUUGAAGAAGAAGACGAAGAGGGUGCAGGAGAAGAAGAGGACUCGGAGAUGAAUGACUUCAUCGACGACGAGGACAUCGAGGGCUCGACAAGCGGCGCCUCCUCAACCCCUGGCCCAACAGCUCAGCCACCAACCAAUCGAGCACGAGUCGCUCCAGGCAGAGCCCGCCCUAUCAUCGAGGACUCAGAAACUUCUUCGACCAUCUCCAGUGUCGUUGAAGAAGAAGAUGAGGAGGACCAAGGUCCAGUCCGUCGCGGACAGAGGAAUCCCGCCCAAGCACGUGUUCUUAAUCGUGCAAACGGGUCCAGAUCCUCCAGAGCGGCCUCCUCUUCCACAUCAACCGACGUCUCGACUGAUGAACUCGACGAGGACACUCAAGCUCUGCUGCGCGCUGAAGGCUGGGGAAUGCUGCAACACGAAGACGAUGAGAUGGAUGAAGAUGACGAAGACAGUGAUGGGGGUAGAACGACCGUUGGGUGGGAACCGCUUGCGAACUCAAAUGACAGAAGCCGAAUGGGCGGUUCUCUAACACCUACUGCAGAUCGUCCUCGGCCUAGCGCCCCAAUUCGUCCGCCUUCACGAGCGGCAAAUAUCCACCUGAUGAACGCCUCUCGUGGCCUCCGCCGAAGAUCUUCUGUCCUUUCGAACUCGACAGUCCAUUACGAGGAUGGCGAAGCAGAUGAUGAUGAUUCCGACCAGGAUGCCGAUAUUGCAAUUGCGAUGAAUACCUUGCGCACUCGUCGCUCGCAAGCACAGAUGCGGAACAUGGCAGCAUAUGCAAAUCCUCUUGGUCGUUUUAGCAAUCGCACGCCAGUCCAAGUUGGCGCAGGACAGGAUCCGGACGUCGAUGAUACCUCAGAUACAUCUCAACCAAGUCAUGGCCUCAGGGCUGCUCGUACUCAGCGUCGCGAAUAUGAUCCGCGCAUUAGCUGGAUGUUCGCUGCCCACCAGCGAGCACUCCAGGAACACCAAAUGACAGGCGCUUUGAUUGAUAUAGAACCCCGCGCCAUCACGCCAGUCGCUCGACCGCGUACGUCAAAUAGAAAUAGACCAAGUCCGGCACAAGCAUAUUCUCCCUUCCUUCCUCCCAGUCGUUUGCGCACUCCCCUCAUGGACAACACUUCGAAUUUAGGCCCAGGAUUGCGCAUGCCGAUGUCACCGCCCAGGCGCAACGUAAUGUCACCAGCAUUACCAUCAGCAAACGGCCCUGGCAAUAUGAAUCGAGUGGACAGACCGCCCUCGGUGGGCUCUAGUAGUACUGGAUCUACUGUGUUGACGCCUGGUACAUCCACGCCUAAUUCUCAGUACUCGAUCGACAGUAUUGCUCAGACGCAAGCUGCCGCCGUUCUGGAUAUGAUAGAUCGCCCAGAAAGUCGUGUUGGUGCACGUCCACCUUCAGCAGCUGGCCGGCGUGGUUCAGCCAAUUUCUCGCCGGUGUAUCCGCCAUUCCACAAUGCCAGCAUGGGUCUUCACGGCCAAGGUCCUGCUCUUCCUCCAUAUUCUGCGCGCGGCAACCCUUGGGCUGCAUUCGUGCAAGGCCGUGGCAUUCGUAGCCGUGGCUCGCGACAGGUUCUAAGAGACCAGAACUCUACAGCAACCUUGCGACCCACUGGAUCCAGGGCAAACAUGCGAGAAGGUGUCAAUCAGCCUCAGGCCGUGAGGACUCAAACGUCACGAGUCAACUUGCGUUCUCAGUCAUCUCGACAAAGGCUGAAUAACCAGGCUUCGACGCGAACGCUGCGUGCUAGUGAACAUGGUCGUCCACCGCCAUCGCCGGGCCAGAACACGCAAGCCGCCUCCCAGCCUGUCGCUCGGCCCACGAGACUAGGACCAGAGGAGCGUGAUACUCGCGUUCGAGAGCUCAUCGAAACGAGGAUUCGAGCACUGGGACAACCAACUCCGGCCCCAGCUCCAACUAACAAUCCCUUCACACGGCGUGCAGCCAACUUUGGCAACACUGCUGGCACACAAGCACCAACGACUGCACAGCACACCAGGAGCAAUUCGAACGAAUCCAUGCAGUCGGCUAAUUCUUCCGGUACAGUCAGCAACACACCAUCAUCGCCCGGGCUCGCCCGACGCCGUAGCAAUCGGAAUCUGAUGUACGCUCCACCUCCAGGCGUACUUCCACCUUCUCAGGGAGCGUACGUGCCACCUUCUGUGCCCACAUAUAAUAGCGGGGGAUAUCCUCGCCAGAGACAGGGCUCAAUGAAUGGCGGCACCGGCAACAGCAGCACAUACGAACAAUCGGUGAACACCAACGCGCGAAUCAUGAAUCCAGUGACGACAGGACCUCUAAUCUAG